UGAGGGGACAGGGACAGGAUGCCUGGAGUGCCAGGGAGGCAUUAGUGCGAGAGGAAUCAGGUGUGAGAGGAGUCGGGUGCCGGGUUGUGAUUGGAGAGGCGAGAACAGCCCCCGAAUCCAGGAAGGGCACCUGCUUCCGUGGGACGAUCCUCGGAGAGGGACGCCCCACCCUGCCUGUGUUUGCCUUGCUCUGUGUGUUCAGCCCGCAGGCUCCGGAGGAGGGAGCAGAGGGCGCGGAGCCCGGCUCAGUGGACGGCCCAGCGCGGCGCAGCGGCAGCCGGAGACGAGGCACCCCGAGCAGGAGCAGCCCCAGGGGACACAGGGCACUGCCGACACGCCCGCCAGGGGCCCGACAGGAACAAUGGGUAACGAAAUGAGUGUCCCAAAAAGAGUUGAAGACCAAGAGAAUGAAUCAGAGACAGACGCUAACAAGGUGGCAUCUGAGAACAAGUGUGGUCAAAAUGGGACGCCGGUGAUCCUAUCGACCCACGACAUUACAUUCUAUGAUGAAGUCGAUUUGGGAAUAAGUGUCAAGGAGGAUAAUGUGGCCACUUCUUCCCCCAAGACAAUGGAGAUAAGCGCUGUUGCAGAUGCCAACGGAAAGAAUCUUGGGAAAGAGGCCAAACCCGAGGCACCAGCUGCUAAAUCUCGUUUUUUCUUGACACUCUCGCGGCCUGUACCAGGACGUACUGGAGACCAAGCCACGGAUUCAUCCACUGGAGCAGUGAAGCUUGAUGUCAGCUCCAAUAAAGCUCUAGGGAACAAAGAACCAACUGAGAGCAUGGCACUUCCGGUGGCAGCUGCACCGGGCCAUGACCCAGAUAAAACCCCAGGGCAGAGCCCCGCCGGGGACCAAGGCUCCUCUGCCACUUGGGGACCGGCGCCUGUCUCACCUGAGUCAGGAGGGGCAGCCCCCUCCAAGCCUAAGGACUCCAGCUUUUUGGACAAACUCUUCAAACUGGACAAGGGACGGGAAAAGGCACCAGUCGACAGCCAACAGGAAGCCAAGAGCAGCGAGCGUCGAGACCAGGCCGAGGAAAUUUCCGGAUUGUCCAGGCCGUCCGACGAUGUCCCUGCAGAGAGGGACAUAGCUGGCAGCAAGGGGAGAGAAGAACAGGAGAUCCCCACUGUGAGUGGCUCUGUCCCCGGGAACCCAGAAGAACGGGAUCCUGCAAAGGAGGACCUCCAGACAACAAACACAACCGAGAAUAAUAAUUCCAUCAUGAGCUUCUUUAAAACUCUGGUUUCACCAAACAAAGCCGAGACAAAAAAAGAUCUGGAAGACACGGCAUCCAAAGCAGAAAGUGUCUGUGAUGGCCAAGCGGGACAGAAGACCUGUGAGAACCAAGCUAAAGGCACCAAGAAAAAGCACCUGCACAGCCCCAGGCUAGGAUUCGCAUUUAGAAAAUUCCUUAGGCAUAAGGGUGCUGAAAAGUCGCCUGCUACUUCAUCUGACAUCAAGUCAGACAAAGCGAACUUUAUAUCCCAGGAGACCAGAGGAGCAGCCAAGAACCCUACAUCCACAGACACUGCAAAGGAAGCUGCCAAGGAAAAGGGAGGUCCCACCUCUCUGCCUCUGGGCAAACUGUUCUGGAAAAAGUCAGUUAAAGAGGAUUCAGUCCCUGCAGGUGCAGAGGAGAAUGUGGUGUGUGAAUCACCAGUAGAGGUUGUAAAGUCUGAGGAAGUAGAAUCAGCCUUACAAACAGUGGAUCUCAAUGAAGAAGGAGAUGCCACACCUGAACCCACAGAAGUAAAACUCAAAAGAGAAGAAUACAAACCACCGAGAACAUCCCUGAUGGCGUUUCUCAGACAAAUGUCAGUGAAAGGGGAUGGAGGGAUCACCCACUCAGAAGAAAAGGGGAAAGACUCCAGCCAUCAAACAUCGGACUCAGCGGAGAAGGCUGUCACAUGCCCAGAGCCGGAGCCAGCAGGAGCGGGCCAGAAGGGCAAAGAAGGCUCGUCCAAGGACAAGAAGGUGGUGGCUGAAGGGAACAAGCAGAAGAGCACCAAGCAGGAAGCCAAAGAGCCGGUCCAGUGCGUGGAACCAGCCGUGGUGGAGGCGAACUCACUGCAGAAUGGGGACAGGUCCCAAAAGAAACAGGAGAAGCGGCGACAGUCCCUCGGGGGCUUCUUUAAGGGCCUGGGACCAAAGCGGAUGUUGGACGCUCAAGUGCAAACAGACCCUGUAUCCAUCGGACCAGUUGGCAAAUCCAAGUAAACAAAUCACUACAGUUCCCACCAAGUUGUCCUGCCAGCAAGAUGCCUUCUCCCUGCCCCUUCUCCUGCCCGAACCCACUCUAUGUACAUAGUUUUCUCCUAAUGGCCAUCCAAUGAAAUUCUGCCUACAAAUUAAGCCUGAGCUGUUGUAUAUUGAGGUGUAUUAUUUACGUCUCUGGUCCAAUCUUUUCCGGUAAAUAACUGUAAAGAUGGGUCUAAGCAGGUUAACGAGUCAGGUCAGAAGACUGGAUGGGGUGGCGGGGGCAACAGGGGGUGGAGGGGCAGAGGAAUGCAUUCAGGGUAAGUCAUGGAAAAUGACAGUGGCAAGUAAGCAGCAGAGGAAAAAUGCCUGCUGGACGGAAUUCAGCUUUGUAGUAAAAACGUGCUCAUCCUCUCAGCUCUAAGAGGAGGGACAAAAAUCCGUCUAAGUUCACCUUUCGAGGAGGGACAACAUGGGCUCAGUGGGUUGGGGGGGGAGGUUGCCAAUAUCCUGGGAUGGAAAGUGUGGGGAGUGGAAAGGGAAUGAAUAGGAAUUGCUUUUCGAAUAGGGUCCUUGGGAGUUAUCGAUGAGAGGGAAAAGAUUGACCGCAGAGGGUUUGAAAUGAUUUGGGGAAAACAAUUGCUUUUUGAAGCUCAGCGACAAGGGCAAGGAUUACAACUUAAAAAAAAAAAAAAAAAAAAAAAAAAAAGCAGAAUAAAUGAAGUUGCAAGUUUACUUUGCAACACAAGGGGGCACUGAGGUCUCCGUUUUAAUCCCACAUCCUGUAGCCCUAACAAAGAUUUGGUCUCUGCAAUCUUACAUUAUUAAUGCUUCUCAGAUGGCUGAGGGGCUUGCUUCAUCUGUUCUGUCUGACACUUAUCUCAAGUCUGUCUGUAAUUUCCUAAUGUUCUCAGGAUGUUUUCUGAUCAAACCCGCCCCGUAACCCCCGUUAAUAAAAAUUUUCAGAAGAUUA